ACAGCGUCCUUGGUGUGUUAGUCAGGUUUACAGUCUGAACUUCAACUGGCUGCCAGAAGAAACUCUAUACCUGCAGAAUGAAGGGAACGUCCCAGCGCUGAUCCUUCCUCUGCAGCCCCAAAGGUGACACACUCACAUUCUGUAUUUAUGGGAACAGAGCAGUUCCUCACUUCAGGCCUUUUGUGUUGGAAGUUUGUGUGGAGGGAGCGCGUCGCCGGCUUGGUGUUGAGGCUCAGGGUGCAGGCAGAGUACAGGAGGUUUUAGAUAGACAUCCUCAGGGCUUCUGGUAUUCACAGGGCUGACUCACACAUCUAUCAUAUGGGUUCAAAGGGGCAACCAGGAUUUUCCUCUGUGGGGUCAGCUUACAUCUGUGAGUUUUCAUGUUACUAAGCUCCAAAAAAAGAGAAAAACUGUGCUGCUUUGUCAGAUAUUCUGUUACAAAAUAGUCCCUUUAUACAUAUUAAAAUCACAAACAAGCCAAACAGAGAGAUCACGUUUUCCUAAUUCCCAUUUUAAUUAAAAGCUGUUUAAUUAUGUUUAAGUGCAUUUAUCUAUUUAUUUAUUUUGCCUCAUGCAGGAUCUCAGAGCUUCUAUAUGCAUCUCUGUACGUAUGAGAUGUUUAUCAUAAAGCAUCAGGAGCGAAGGGAGGAGACUUGUAGAAAAAAAGGAGGGUGGGCGGAGGAGAAGCGGAGGAGAAACCUUGAAUGAGAGCUUACAGGAGCUCAGAGCGCACAGACCCAACAGGCUGCCAACUCUCAGCCGGAUGCAUAAAAACCACUCAUAUUUAAUGACAAUUUUUUUUCACGUUAAAAAAUAUCUGAAAUAGAUUUUUUGCCAACUUUACAAAUAUUAUGACGCUGACUUUUGACAAAUCCUCUGUGCCACUCCGUGCCUGCUGAGAGAAGCUCUCCAUGUGAUGCCUCACCUUUGCGCAACAGGUUCUGGUCCACACAUUUAACCUUGUCAGCUCCAUGUAGGAAGAAGAAGAAGAACAUGCUGUCACCGUUUUGGCCCUUUGGCAUCGAGCAGGAGAUCAACUCAUGGGAUGUAGUGGAUGCAGAGUCAGGUUCAACUUUGGAAAGGCGCUGUCCAAAGUCUCGGUGUUCUUUACCAUGGUCCUAAUCUUCACCUACUUCUUCUACUGCCUCACCGGGUUCUGCGAUUCGGUUCCGAGGACUUUGUACAGUCAACGAGCCCUAGACGGGGAAUAUGACACUUUGGACGAUCGUCGCCGCAUUUUGGAGGAGCGGCGACCGCGUCUCUUCCCCGACGCGCCGCCUCAGCGGAACCGCACAGCCUCGGCGGACGCACAGCAGGUGGACGCAGCGGGACAGCUGGCGCAGCGCAUGUUGGACAGCGAACCGGAGGGCGCCCCGAGCAACGGCAUCCCGGUGUCCAACACGUUCGGGACCAAAAGGUUCCCGCAGGCGAUCAUAAUCGGCGUGAAGAAAGGAGGAACCCGCGCCCUGCUGGAGUUCCUCCGCAUCCACCCGGAUGUGAGAGCGUUUGGCGCUGAGCCGCACUUCUUCGACAGGUUUUAUGAUCGAGGGCUGGAGUGGUACAGGAACCUGAUGCCUCGGACGCUGGACGGCCAGAUCACCAUGGAGAAGACGCCGAGCUACUUCGUCACUAAAGAGGCUCCUGGUCGCGUCUGCACCAUGAACUGCCGGACCAAGCUGAUCGUGGUGGUCAGGGAUCCGGUGACGAGGGCUGUGUCCGACUACACCCAGACUCUCUCCAAGAACCCGGGCCUUCCGUCCUUCCAGAGCCUGGCCUUGAAGAACUCGUCCACGGGCCUGAUCGACACCACGUGGAGCGCCGUGCGGAUCGGCCUCUACGCCAAGCACCUGGAGAACUGGCUGCAGCACUUCUCGCUGUCUCAUUUCCUGUUUGUGAGCGGCGAGCGGCUGGUGUCCGAUCCAGCCGGGGAGAUGGGUCGAGUUCAGGACUUCUUAGGCCUGAAGAGGGUCGUUUCAGACAAACACUUCUACUUCAACCAGACUAAAGGCUUCCCGUGCUUGAAGAAGCCGGAGGGCAGCAGCAGGCCUCGGUGCCUGGGGAAGUCCAAGGGCAGACCUCAUCCUCAGAUCCCCUCCGAGGUGCUGCAGAGGCUCCGAGAUUUCUACAGACCCUUCAACCAGCGAUUCUACCAGAUGAGCGGGCAGGACUUUGGCUGGGACUGACAGAGACGAGCUGCCGAUCGUCCACGGGGUUCUCAGGGAGAGACUGGGUCCAUUGUGCUUGUGUGGAUCCGACCCGACAUGCGGCGCUGGUGAACUGUUUGGCUGCUGACAUGCAAGUCAGACACACAGGGAACGGCUCAGCUGCUGAACCAGUAAACCACCGUUCUCCUGCCUUUCAACAUCAUUUAUGACCUUCUUUGUGUUUUGUUUAUAAAAUAAGCUGAUAUUUAUAGUUUGUGUCGAUAUGAAAUACAAGAAUCACAGUUUUGUUUUUUAAAUGAAAGAAUGGUAUUUAUUAUGUGACGCUAGCUGACAGGACAUUGAGGAUAAUGUCGGACUCCAUUUAUAUUUUCAUUGCAUUUACUGUUUCCAGAUGGCCUUUUGGAUGCUACAUAUCUCCGUCUGUAUAUUGAUAUACCAAUGAUACCUCACGUGUAAAUAAUAAACUGAAACCACACAUACACACAUUCCAUUUGUAGGUAUUUGUAGAUAUUUUUCCCUUCAAAGCUGCAUCAUAUUCUAUAUUUUAAUUGCCUUGGACAGUACCAACUGCAUCAGCUGUUACUCAGUUAAAUAAAUUCCUAUUUUCUGAUUAUUUUGGAACCAUCUUGAGCUCCAUAUGUAAAGUAUGCAGAGUGCAGCGCUGUAUAUAGAAACAUGUAUGAAUUUCUGUGUUGUGAAUUAAAGUUUUAUCUGAUAUGA